UUGAGUGCAUUCUGUUUCAUUAUAGUUUCCUUACUCUGCACGUGAAAAUGGUGCAGCCAGAGCCACAGGAAGCUGCUGCUGUGCAAGUGGAGGAGGAGGAGGAGGUGGUCAAGAAGAAAGGUGGAGAGGCCAACGUGGUGUCGUUCUGGAAGUUGUUGAGCUAUGCGGAUGCAUUGGACUGGGUCCUUAUGGGGCUGGGAACCCUGGGCGCCAUGGUGCAUGGGUUGGCACUGCCCAUGGGAUACUUCCUGCUCGGGAAGGCUCUUGAUGCAUUUGGGAAUAACAUACAUGACACUAAAGGCAUGGUUAAGGCACUCGAGGAGGUGGUUCCAUAUGUGUGGUAUAUGGCCAUUGCUACAUUUCCUGCCGGAAUUCUAGAGAUUGGUUGUUGGAUGUAUGCAAGUGAAAGGCAAUUAGCGUGCAUGAGGCUAGGCUUCCUCGAAGCAGUACUCAGUCAGGAGAUCGCCGCAUUCGAUACCGAACUGACAUCUGGGAAAAUCAUCACCGGAAUCACCACCAACAUGAGCAUCAUACAAGAUGCCAUCGGAGAAAAGCUAGGACACUUCCUAUCGUGCUUUGCAGCUUUCUUUUCGGGCGUGCUGAUUGCCUUCAUAUGCUGCUGGGAAGUGUCACUCCUCAACCUAUUUGUGGUUCCACUGAUCCUUCUUAUCGGGGCCACCUAUACCAAGAAACUCAACCUCAUUGCAGCAGCAAAGAUGCUUUACCUCUCCGAGGCAACUUCGCUUGUCGAACAAACAAUAUCACAGAUCAAGACGGUGUUCUCGUUUGUCGGAGAGGAUAGUGCAAUCAAGUCCUUCUCGGAUUGUAUGGACAAGCAGUCGGUGAUAGGCAGAGGAGAGGCACUGAUAAAGGGGAUCGGGACGGGAAUGUUUCAGACAGUAACAAACUGUUCGUGGGCACUGGUCAUAUGGGUUGGAGCUAUUGUUGUUACUGCCAAGAGAGCAAGCGGAGGGGACAUUUUAGCAGCUAUCAUGAGCAUCCUUUUCGGUGCCAUCUCGAUUACUUAUGCUGCACCGGACAUGCAAAUAUUCGAACAAGCAAAGGCUGCGGGCACUGAAGUGUUCGAGCUGAUCCAGAGAAAACCAGUCAUUACUUAUGGAGAAAAGACGCUAGAACAGGUCGAGGGCAAUAUUGACAUUCAGGAUGUUUACUUCUCGUACCCAUCCCGAGAGGACAAGUUGAUUCUUCAGGGGCUUUCUCUGUCGAUUCCAGCUGGGAAAACCGUAGCACUAGUUGGUAGCAGUGGCUGUGGCAAAAGUACCGUGAUUUCCCUUGUCGCAAGGUUCUACGACCCUUCAAAAGGGGCAAUUCUUAUUGAUAACCACAACAUCAAGGACCUCGAUCUGAGAUUCCUUAGGAGAAACAUCGGGGCGGUUUCUCAGGAGCCAUCACUGUUUUCCGGAACAAUCAAGGAUAACCUCAGAGUUGGGAAAAUGGACGCAAGCGAUGAGGAGAUAGAGAAGGCUGCAAUAAUGGCAAACGCCCACAGUUUCGUAUCUGGUCUUCCGGAUAAGUAUUUAACAGAUGUGGGACAGAGGGGAUUCCAGUUGUCGGGAGGACAGAAGCAGCGGAUUGCAAUCGCAAGAGCAAUCCUCAAGGACCCUCCCAUCCUCUUGCUUGACGAAGCAACCAGUGCUCUCGAUUCGGAGUCAGAAAAACUGGUCCAGGAAGCGCUCGAGAAAGCUAUGCAGGGAAGAACAGUGAUCCUGAUUGCACAUCGAAUGUCAACGAUCGUCAAUGCUGAUAUGAUCGCGAUCUUCGAGGACGGGAAGGUCAGGGAGACGGGAACUCACCAGAGCUUGCUCGAUACGAGUGACUAUUACAAUAAACUGUUCAACAUGCAGAACAUUGCUCCUGCUCAAACCUCAAGGGAUGCUGAAGCUGUCAAUGUCAUUACCUCGGACACUCCGGGGCCAAGUAUCAACACCGGGAUUUCAUUUUCAUUGGACAGUGACGCUGAGAGUAAGGAAACCCUGGGACCCCAGACAAGCCAGCAAGAAGAGAAACUAGAGAGCUCACAAGCAACCCUAUUCUUCAGGGUUUGGUACGGACUAAGGAAGCGGGAGUUCUUCAAGAUUGCGCUUGGCUCCAUUGCUGCGGGGUUCUCAGGAAUCUCUAAGCCCUUGUUCGGGUUCUUCAUCAUAACAAUUGGAGCGGCAUAUUACGACCCUGAUGCUAAGCGGCAAGUCGGGUGGUACUCGAUCAUAUUCUCGGCUGUCGGGUUGCUCUCACUGGUCACUCAUAUAUUGCAGCAUUACUAUUUCGGACGAGUUGGGGAGACGGCCAUGAUGAACUUCCGGAAAGCUCUAUUUUCAGGAAUUCUACGAAACGAGCUUUGCUGGUUCGAGAAGCCCGAGAACAGCAUUGGGGCGGUCACUUCCCGCAUCAUCAGCGACACCUCCAUGGUGAAGGUCAUAAUCUCCGACAGAAUGUCCGUGAUCGUCCAGUGCAUCUCCUCGAUACUGAUAGCUACUGUGGUUAGCAUGAUUGUGGACUGGAGAAUGGCCCUCGUGGCCUGGGCUGUGAUGCCGUGCCACUUCAUCGGGGGCCUGAUUCAGGCCAAGUCCGCCAAGGGAUUCGCCAGUGACUACUCUACAGCCCACAGGGAGCUAGUCUCCCUCGCUUCCGAGUCUGCAACUAAUAUCCGAACAGUAGCUUCCUUCUGCUAUGAAGACCGCAUACUCAAUAAAGCCAAGGAAUCUCUCAUAGUCCCGAUGAGGAAGAGCCGUCGGGCGAGCAUUAAGUAUGGAAUCAUCCAAGGAUUCUCCCUACUCCUUUGGAACAUUGCUCAUGCCGUCGCCCUGUGGUACACGACCAUUUUAGUCGAACGGGGACAGGCCUCGUUCAAGAACGGCAUUAGAGCAUACCAGAUCUUCUCUCUCACGGUGCCCUCGAUCACCGAGCUGUACACUUUAAUCCCGACUGUGAUCUCAGCCAUCAGCGUGCUAACUCCAGCAUUUAUGACCCUUGAUCGGAAAACUGAGAUCGAGCCUGAUGUGCCAAAGAAUUUCAAGGCCGAGAAGAAUAUUAAGGGGACAGUGGAAUUCAAAAGUGUUAAGUUCAACUACCCCUCACGACCCGAAGCGACAGUCCUCAACGGUUUCAGUCUCAAGAUUGAGGCCGGUAAAAAGGUUGCACUAGUAGGACCGAGCGGGGCCGGUAAAUCCUCCGUCCUGGCCCUUAUCUUAAGGUUCUAUGAUCCUAUGGAAGGGAAAGUGCUGAUUGAUGGAAAGGACGUGAAAGACUACAACCUCAGAUGGCUAAGGACUCAAAUCGGGUUCGUGCAGCAGGAGCCGCUUCUCUUCAGCUCCUCCAUCAGGGACAACAUAUGCUACGGGAACGAAUCGGCCUCGGAGACUGAAAUCGCCGAGGCCUCAAGGGAAGCCAACAUACACGAGUUCAUUAGCAACCUGCCCAAUGGGUACGACACAGUUGUCGGGGAGAAAGGAUGCCAACUGUCCGGCGGACAGAAGCAACGAAUAGCCAUCGCACGGACUCUGCUGAAGAGGCCUGCAAUCUUUUUACUGGAUGAGGCCACGAGUGCACUCGAUGCCGAGUCAGAGAGGAGCGUGGUGAGCGCAUUGGAGUCGAUAAAUUUGAAUAGGACCAAUGGCGGGUUUCUUUGCAUGACGACUCAGAUCACUGUGGCCCAUCGGCUCUCUACUAUUGUGAAGUCGGAUAAAAUCAUUGUCAUGGACCGAGGAGCGAUUGCAGAGACAGGAACGCACUUACACCUGAUCUCAAAUUCGGACGGGAUAUAUUCGAGGCUGUACCGGCUCCAGAGCAUGAAGGGAGAGUAAUUACAUCCCAUGUCCUCUAUACGUACACGUCAAGACUCUGUAUAUUAAACGAGUCCGAUACAAGACGAAUAACAAAUCAAGAUCGCAAUCCUCCUAAAAGAAUGUCU